GCAAGGCUGCAGCUGGACAAUGUUACCAACUCUCAGGAUUAACAACGUACAGGCAGCAGACAGAGGGUUUUACCAAGUGGAGAUUUACAAAGAAAUUUAUUUUAAAAAAAUAUUUCUCUUGUCUCUUUACAACGUGGCGCCCGUCCCUCGAGUUAAAAGGGGAAGUGAAAGAGGGGAGAGUGACUGCGUCCUGCUGUGCUCGGUGGAAAACUGGAACAACACAUCUCUGUCCUGGCAAAGAAACGGGACUGCACUGACCCAACCAACCUCACAACACUCAACCCAACUGGACCUUUCCCACCACCAAAUACGGGGGGUAAAUGCCACCUACAGGUACACCUGUGUGGCCAGCAACCCUGUCAGCAAUCAGACCAUCACUGUCACACCUUCGGAUUACUGUCCUCUCAAAGAAAGAGGAGGCCACACUGAGCUCAUCCUGAGGGUGCUGGUGUUCAUAGUGCUGACUGGAGUCGUCAUCGCAGUCUGUGUGUGGGUCUGGAAGAAGGGGAGCGCUCAGGAUGAAGACAGGAAUUAAAGAACAGAG